AUCUGAAUAAACACCGGCAUGACACGAAACGAGCACUAAUAUCAAUAUUGUAUCGUCACACAUGUCACCAAUAACAGUAUAUCAUACGAUACUUAUAAAAUGACAGGGUGGCGGUCAGUUUGUUCAAGGGAUUCAUAAGAUAAGCGAGUUUUGUCAGAAAAACUCCAAUUACGACUUUUACCGUGAUUACAGUUUAUUGUUGAUCGUCAGAGAAACGCUGCGAUAAGGAAAUAUAUAAUUGAUGUCAAUAACGGCUGACAUUCAAGAUGCAUAUCAAUUUGCAAAUUAUCGUAUUGCUAUCUGUAACUAUGACUCAUCACCUAACUUUGGCACAAACGUGCAACGAGAGGCAACUACCAGGUCCCACUCUAGUAGACAUGUGCGGUGAAUCCGGCACGUUGAUGUCUUUUCUAGACUCAGCCAUACGAAAGAACGAAAAAAUAUCGGGAAUAUGCGAACGCGUGACGCCCAUCGAGACACCAGAUCCCGAGUAUGACUACAUCGUAGUUGGCGGUGGUGCGGCAGGUUCUGUGGUAGCCGCCAGACUGAGCGAGAUUUCCCACUGGAAAGUUUUACUUCUCGAAGCUGGUGAUGACGAACCUGCAGCUGCACAAAUUCCGAGCAUGGCCGAAACUAUAGCUGGUUCCAAUUUGAGCUGGGGAUACCAAAGUAGUAACGAAAGUUACGCCUGCCUCUCAACGAAUGGUUCUUGUCCGUACGCCGCGGCGAGAGUUCUCGGUGGAUGUACGGUGCACAACGGGAUGGUAUAUUUGAGGGGCAAUCCAACGGAUUACAACAAUUGGGCCGCUAUGGGUAAUGAGGGCUGGACAUGGGAUGAAGUGAAACCUUUCUUUCUCAAGGCGGAGGAUAACGGUGAAAUUGAUAGAGUUGGAAGAUUCUGGCACGCCACGGGGGGUCCACUAUCCGUUGAGAGAUUUCCCUAUGAACCUCCUUUUGCCAAUGCUAUGCUUAAAGCAGCUGAACAGGCAGGAUUUCGCAUUAGUCAAGAUUUCAACGGAGACGUGUUGAGUGGUUUUGGAAUGGUACAAAGCACUACUAAAAAUGGAGUCAGACGUAGCAGCGCCGCAUCGUAUCUACGGCCCAGCAGGAACCGUGAGAAUCUACACGUUUCCCUGAACUCGACUGUCACAAGAGUAAUAAUCGAGGACGGGAAGGCAGUCGGCGUCGAGUACUUUAAGAAUGGUGAGUUCAAGAUAGUUCGUACAUCGCGAGAAGUGAUUCUCAGCGCCGGAAAUAUCAAAUCGCCUCACAUUCUACUUCUCUCUGGCAUUGGGCCCCAGGAACACCUCGAGUCAAUGGGCAUCGCAGUUGUCAAAGAUUUGCCUGGUGUUGGCAGCAAUUACCACGACCACGUGUUCUUCAUGCUCAACUUUACCAUCAAUGACCCUGACACCUACGAGAACAACUGGGCAGCUGCUACCGAGUACCUCGCCUUUCAGACUGGCCCAUUGUCUGGUCAUGGAAUAACCGGGAUAGUCGCUCAGCUAGCUUCCAGCAAAACAACGCCUGACUAUCCAGACAUGCAAAUAUAUAACAUUGGUUACGACGCCGCCUGCGCGCCCGGUGAAAUCGGUGCUCUUCGCAGUACAGGGGAGCGCAGUGUAGACUUGGCGUCAGUUUUACUUCAUCCGAAAAGCAGAGGACGAAUCAGUCUGGCUUCGAACGAUCCUUUUGAACAACCCCUGAUCUGGAGUAACAUCUUGAGCGAACCCAGUGAUCUUGAUAUCCUUGUAGAAGCCAUAAAUAGUGCUAUCAAGUUGACCAAUACGGACGCAAUGAGAGCCUACAAUAUGACGUUAUCAGUAACGGCCCUCGAACCCUGCAGUAGUUACACUUUUGCCACCGCCGAGUAUUGGAAGUGUAUGCUACGGUGGGGUAGAAUAGACUUACCUCAUGGAAGCGGAUCCUGCAAGAUGGGCCCCAAGCAUGACGCAAUGGCAGUUGUCGAUCAUAAGCUUCGAGUUCGAGGCAUCAAAGGAUUGCGCGUUGCGGAUACUUCGAUCAUGCCUGAGAUUGUUUCAGGGAAUACUGGCACACCAACAAUGAUGAUAGGGGAACGAGCUGCAGACUUCAUCAAGAAAGAUUCCGAUCACUUAGACAGAAUGGAAGUUCCUCCUACGAAGCAAAUGUACUUGCGUGAUUGGUCAGGUGCAUAAAUGUGACUGGAAAACGUUGCUUUUUGAGGAAAGUGAAACUGGAUGUAUCCUAAAAUCUGUAACGUUGAUCUGCAACUCAGGAUUGAAGAUAUUAAAACCGUGGAUGAGAUUACAAACCGUUGAUCUUAUACCACCAUUCAUGGACGGAAUAAACGUACCACGGAUUUCGGACACUUUCAUAAUGAUUCAAAUGAUUUUCCUGCUGAUUUAAUACAGCAUUGUCGUCUCUCGAAUAAUGCGCUUUGUAGAACAGGUGGUUAGCCAUAAAAUCUCCGGUAACACCACUAUUGAAAAAAAAUAAAUAAAAUGAACAU